AUGGGUACACUGGGUCCUCGCGGCGUCCUCAAUAUCCUUAGAAUGGGUCACCCCGUCCUCAAAAAGCACGCGGAGUCCUUCAAAGUUGAAGAAAUAAAAUCACCCCAAACUCGUCAUCUCGUCCAAGACAUGAAGGAGACGCUCUAUAAGAAUCGGGCGGUCGGCCUGGCCGCUCCCCAAAUCGGGGUUUCGAAGCAGUUGCUGGUGUUCACUGUGCCUGAGGGCGUUCCGAAUCUGACGCACGUCCCGUUGACCGUGCUGUUCAACCCAAAAAUGGAGUUUGUCUUGAAACACGAAAUUAUACAAAUGACGGAAAGCUGCUUGUCGGUCCCGGACUGGGUCGGGAAGGUGCCGAGAUACAACAACGUCAUCAUCAAUUACCUAGAUGAGGAGUCGCAGCCCAAAAGGCUCGUGGCAACCGGAUUCGUUUCCGGAAUUUUGCAACACGAGGUGGAUCACCUGUCCGGGACUCUCUACCUAGAGAGGCUCAAAUCAGUCAAGGACCUCGCGUACAAGGAGGAGUGGUCGGACCACAUGGCCGAGGAUCCGACCGUUUGUUGGAGCGGAACGAUAAAGUUCUGCGACUAAAAAUUUUGCCUCGUGACAUGUAGCGAGAAAAUAAUUCAGACUGCUUCAGGCGACGCCGAUCGAGGUUUCGGCGGUCGAGCUCGAAGGUUUGCGUUGGAUCGACUAGAGGAAGAACCG